AUGGCAGGAGGAGCCCAGUUUGCGGGGGGAUUAGCGGGGUCGUGCAGCCGCCUGCUGCAGCCUGGGAAUAAAGCAUCCAGUGCAAACCAUGAGAUGGCAUUCAAAGGCGCAGCGGUGGACUCGAAGACGGUGCUCUUCAACCUGCUGCUGUGUCUGCUCAUAUUCUAUUCUCUUUUCUACAUGAUCGGCAGUGUGUGCUUCGGCGCUUUCAGGCUGGAGCGCUUUGACGGACUGAUUCCGUUUGACUUCAAGACCGAACCUGCUGAAUCCAACUCCAAAUACUUGGUGAACCUCCUGUCCUUGGAGCUCACCUACUUCUGUAGCGGCCUUUUGUUCGCUGCGGUGGUGAGGAGGCGGGUUUGGGACUACGCCCUCACCGUCACCCUCCUGCAUGUGAUCAUCACCAGCCUCGUGAUGUUGGAGUUUCCCAUGGUGUGGCAGUGGUGGCUGGCUUUAGGCAGCGGCUUGUUUCUGAUGAUUUGCAACGGUCAGCUGAUCGCCUACUUCUCGUGUCAGAGCGAGCAGAGCUACGCCUCCUUCAGCAUCUACUGACGGACCAGCGGCUGCCCCGCAGGACAAGAAACUUCACCAAUGGUGCUAUGAAGUGAGGUAGAAAGGAUGGGACCAGAUGCUCUCCACAGUGAUGGGCUCAAAAAAAGAAGUCCGAGCCGGGUCCAGUCCGUCCUUAGUGGACUUAUCUAAUGGCAACGGAGAUGCUUUGAUGACUCUAAGCAGCAGCGGUGAAGGAUUUGCCUUAGUAAGCUGUGAAUGUAAUAGAGAAUUUUGCAGUAUUGCUGUAUAUUUUGAAGUGUUAAAGAAACUGCUCCAGACAAAGUGUUUAUUGCUCAAUUAAAAUAGAGGAUUUAUGAAAUA